AUGGAGGAGUUAGCCAGAGAGAGCAUCAGCCUGCUGGCUUCAGCCUCAGCCAAGCCGCCGCUGCACGUGUCCGCCGGGCCCCGGCUCGGCUCCAUGGGGGCCAUCUUCAUCAUGCUGAAGUCCGCUCUGGGAGCCGGGCUGCUCAACUUCCCCUGGGCCUUCGAGAGGGCCGGGGGCAUCCGCAGCGCAGUCACCGUGGAGCUGGUCUCCCUCGUGUUUCUGAUCAGCGGUCUGAUCAUCCUGGGCUACUCCUCGUCCAUCAGUGGCCAGUGCACUUACCAGGCGGUGGUGAAGGAGGUGUGCGGGCCAGCCAUCGGUCAGCUCUGUGAGAUCUGCUUCGUCUUCAACCUCUUCAUGAUCUCUGUGGCCUUUCUGGUUAUAGUGGACGACCAGCUGGAGAAGUUGUGCGGCUCCCUGUAUGAGCUGAUAACUGAUCUACCGGAGUCCCAGAUGCCGCACCACUUCUACACCGACCAGCGCUUCGGCCUGGUGCUGCUCUGCGUCCUCCUCAUCCUGCCGCUGUCCAUCCACAAAGAGAUCAGCAUUCAGAAAUACAUCAGUGUCCUAGGCACUCUGGCUGCUACCUACCUGACCGUCGCCAUCAUCAUCAAAUACCACACCUCGCCUGCUGUUCUGGUUCACAUCGCCCCGCUCUACAGUGGUGGGAUCAGCUCCUGGGCCUCCAUGUUCAGCGCCAUCCCGACCAUCUGCUUCGGUUUCCAAUGCCACGAGGCGUCCAUCACCAUCUACAGCAGCAUGGAGAACCAGCGUCUCUCUCAUUGGGUCUUCAUCUCUGUGGUCUCCAUGAUCUUUUGUCUCGUCAUCUACUCCCUCACAGGGGUUUAUGGGUACCUGACAUUUGGAAAGGCCGUGAAGGCUGACAUUCUGAUGUCGUACACCGGCGAUGACAUUCUGAUGCUCAUUGCCAGGCUGCUGUUUGGAGUCUCCAUCGUCACCAUCUAUCCCAUCAUCCUGCUGCUGGGCAGAUCAGUGAUCCAGGACCCCCUGCUGAGGCGGCGGCGGAGGCGAGACGGGGUGGUGACGGCGGAGUUCGAAAGCCGCAGCCGCCUCGCGCUGACGGUCCUUUGGAUAGCGGUGACGCUGCUCAUCGCCACGUUUGUACCAGACAUCAGCAAGGUCAUCAGCGUCAUCGGAGGGAUCAGCGCCUUUUUCAUCUUCAUCUUCCCAGGACUCUGUUUGAUGUUUGCCAUGCAGUCGGAGCCAGUCUCCUUUAAAACCAGAGUCAUCCUCACCGCGUGGGGAGUGGUGACCCUGCUCUGCGGAGCCUUCAUCUUCGGCCAGAGCACCACCACCGCAGUCAUGCAGAUCCUCGGAAAGAUCUGACUGUUCCUCCCCCCUCACUGAUCCAGGGCUUUUGAUGGAGACAGUGGUGAAUAGGGGAGAGGAAAGGGGUUAAGAUUUAAAGACCCCAUGGUCACCAUGGACAUUAAAAUGGACAUGACCUCUGAACGAGCAAGUGGUUCCUCAAAACUUGUGGCCUUUAACACAAUGGACUAAACCCAGUCUAAAUGCCUCCCUCCUUCAGUGUCGAGGUAUGUCACUUUCAUUUGGGUUCAUUGUUCUUAGUUGCACCCUGACGACGAGCUCUGUCUGCCUCCUGCCAUACUGAGAUGAUAUCCUUGAAAUCCUCAGGAAUUUCUUCAGUUUUCUGUAUGCACCAUAUUCUUACAGCGGCCAUUUUUCUCUUACGUCACGCUCAGCGUGGGAAGGAUCUCUGUAAACUAGUCAGACUGAUGAUAUGAUAUAGUGGUCCAAACAUUUGACUUGUGUACCCCAGCUACAUGUUGAAACAAUCACACGUGGGCAGAUAAGUCCCCAAAAGAAUCAAAACAAAGCUUUAAGCUGAUGGUGGGCAGGGUGUUAUAAACACGUUUUUUAAUUUUUGUGAACACAUUAUUUCACUUUAAUGGUGGGCUUCAUCAGUAGUGUAACAUAAAACCAGCGAGAACAUUGUACCAAUAUGAAAUUAAAACUUGAAAGCUAUCACAAGCUAUCACAAGCUAUCACGUGUGCCAAACACGAGGUGCAGUAAACCAGUAAAAUGUCAAUCAUUUGCACAGUCUGCAUGCUACCACCAGAAUAUGUGAUGAAGGAAGACCUGUUGGUAUCCACUGCAGAGCCAUACAAGACUGAGUUGACAGAGGUUGCUUCAGGGUGCCACAAUAGAUGGGGAGGGAGGAUAUUUUGAUGUUUCUGUAUAUUUGGAUGUGAGUAUGUAAAUACUUCUUAUGUCUUUUUUCUAUGUUUAAAAAAAAAAAAAAAAGCAUUCUGUUUGAUAAAUAGUUCAUGAUGAAUAGAGUAGCCACAUUAACAGUGAAUAUUGAGUUGAUGAAAAGAAAAUUGAAUAAAAUAAUUUUUAUAU